AUGACGACGACCACGGGCGCAGCUGCUGCCAUGGCGGAGGUCGGCGGUGGCGGCCUCCCGCCGUCGCGCGCCGUGCUCGCCUCGCGGUUCCGUUCCAACUCCGACCACCUCAUGCGGCUCCACUCCACCUGGAUCAACAGCGCCGCCACGCCCGCCGCUGCGCCGUAUAGCCGCGAGUCGCUCGCGAUGCUCGCCGCGCGGCUGCUCUCCGUCUCCGACGACCAUCUCCAGCGCCAGCAGCAGCAACAUGUCUCCAUGAUUAUCUCCACCUCCCUGCCCGGCUGCACCACCGGCGGCGUGGCGCCCGCAUUCAAGGAGGCGAUCGAGGCGCUCAGGGACGUCGUCGUCGACCAGCUGGCGCCGGCCGCGGAGUGCGCGAUCUGCCUCCACGGCCAGGACGCGGCGACGGCGGCGGCGGGACGGUGGAAGGAGAUGCCGUGCGGGCACCGGUUCCACGGCGUGUGCCUGGUGAAGUGGCUGCGCGUGCACGGCACGUGCCCCAUGUGCCGCCACCAGAUGCCUGCAGAGGAGGCGGCGGCGGCUGCUGCUGCUGAGGGACGCCGGAGCUGA